GCAAAGGGUUUACGAUUUUACAUUAGCAGAAAAUCCAAAAGAAGAGAAGAAAGCAUCCCAACACCGCAAUCUGAAUCUUUGUGAUGCAGUGAUUAAUCAAUCAUUGCUCGUCAAUCUUCUCUGUUGAAAUCCUUCAAUGUCAUGCUGUAACGCCUGAAGAUUUCUUCUUUUUCGGUGUUCUCCCGGAGAGAGGAAGAUGCCGAGCGUCGGCGUGAAGCUUUACAGUGUUUUCUUCAAAUUCAUGCUGAAGCAUCGCUUGCAGAACCGGAUUCAGAGCCAGAAUGUGGGCGGACACGACGCUGCCGCGUUUGGAGUCACUUCGCGGCCGGAGGAGGAGUCCAUCGCCGCCGCGAAUCCGGUGUUCACCGACGGAGUCGCCACCAAGGACAUUCACAUUGAUCCGUUAACUUCUCUGUCCAUUCGAGUUUUCCUUCCCCAAACAUGCCUUGAUUCCCCCGAUUCCGAUUCCAGGCUCCAAGCUAAAUCUAAGGUUAGGGCUACUGUGCGGAAGUCCGAUUCGGUUCCCGGAUCCGAUCCGAGUCAGGCAGUUCAUCGCAGGAGCAGCUACGGUUCUCCUGCCACUAACAAUGGAGCGAUUUCUCGAACGGAGAAUGGUGACCAGAGUUUUUUUAAUCACAAUAAUCAUAGGAGAAAUAGCUACGGGUGCACUGCGGAUGAUCUCAGUUUGGCAUCCAAUAACGGGGUUUACAGAGGAUACUCACCUGCCAGCAAAAACUGCCGGAAGUUGCCCGUGAUGCUACAAUUUCAUGGUGGCGGUUUUGUGACCGGGAGCAAGGAUUCGGUGGCGAACGAUAUCUUCUGCAGAAGGAUUGCGAAGCUCUGUGAUGUGAUUGUAUUGGCUGUUGGGUACAGGUUAGCUCCCGAGAAUAGAUUUCCGGCAGCAUUUGAAGAUGGGUUGAAGGUGCUGCAGUGGGUGGCUAAGCAAGCUAAUUUGGCUGAAUGUUGCAAGUCCUCUUUGGGGAGCAAACAAAUUGCAGAUGCCUUUGGAGCAUCAAUGGUGGAACCUUGGGUGGCUGCUCAUGGUGAUCCAUCAAGAUGUGUUCUCCUUGGAGUGAGCUGUGGGGGGAAUAUUGCUGAUUACGUGGCUCGGAAAGCCAUAGAGGCAGGCAAGCGUUUAAACCCGGUGAAGGUGGUGGCACAAGUUCUAAUGUACCCUUUUUUCAUUGGAAGCAUUCCCACUCACUCUGAGAUAAAGCUUGCAAACUCCUACUUCUAUGACAAGGCCACAUGUAUACUCGCAUGGAAAUUAUUACUACCCGAGGAUCAAUUUAGUCUGGACCACCCAGCCUCCAACCCGCUAGUCCUGGGUAAGGGCCCCGCUCUGAAACGGAUGCCACCAACUUUGACAAUAGUGGCGGAGCAUGACUGGAUGAGGGAUAGGGCCAUUGCUUACUCAGAGGAGCUGAGGAAGGUAAAUGUUGACGCACCGGUGUUAGAUUAUAAGGACGCAGUUCAUGAUUUUGCCACACUAGACAUCCUUCUCAAGACCCCUCAAGCUCAAGCCUGUGCCGAGGACAUUGCAAUAUGGGUCAAGAAGCACAUCUCACUUCGAGGUCACGAGUUCUCGUACUGAGCCUAGACUCAGGGACAGACAUAUGGACAAUCAUGGGCCAAACUUCUUAAAACUGCACCAUUUGAACUUUGCAGUCUGCAGUAUAAUGGACCAAGAUGGGACCCCGAGGUUGCCUGGGCCCGAAGCGUGCCGCUUCAGUGUGAUCGCCCCCUCCUGGACCAAGAAUGGAACUACUCUGUAUGUAUUACAUAUUUACGUUACCGUGGAUAUGUUUGUGUCUGUUGAUGCUUUGGGUUAAGUAGAGGACUAGCCCGAGCGAGUGUAGAAAUUAAUAGGGUUUUUUUAUAUAUAUAUUUUUUUAAAAAAACAACAAAUCCCGUACGUUUUCGGUGUUAUGGACACGAUU